AAGGUUCAAAAGUGUUGACAAAUGAGUGAUCUGUUCCACAUGAGAAUUAGUGUCUUCUCUGUACCUUGGCAAGAAAUUUGAAUGCAGAGGGUUAAAGUGGGGGAAAAAACCCAAACCCAGAAACAUUGUUGACUGGAUAGAUUUGUUUUCAACAUGAAUCGUGCUUUUAGCAGGAAGAAAGACAAAACAUGGAUGCACACUCCUGAAGCCUUAUCAAAGCAUUAUAUUCCCUAUAAUGCAAAGUUUCUUGGCAGUACAGAAGUGGAACAGCCCAAAGGCACCGAAGUUGUAAGAGAUGCUGUUAGAAAAUUAAAGUUUGCAAGACAUAUCAAGAAAUCUGAAGGCCAGAAGACCCCCAAAGUUGAAUUACAAAUCUCAAUCUAUGGUGUAAAAAUUCUAGAUCCAAAAACAAAGGAAGUCCAGCACAACUGUCAACUCCAUAGGAUAUCAUUUUGUGCCGAUGAUAAAACUGACAAGAGAAUAUUUACUUUCAUAUGCAAAGACUCAGAAUCAAAUAAGCAUCUGUGCUAUGUAUUUGACAGUGAAAAGUGUGCGGAAGAGAUAACUUUAACAAUUGGUCAAGCAUUUGACUUAGCUUACAGGAAAUUUCUGGAAUCUGGAGGAAAAGAUGUUGAAACAAGAAAACAAAUAGCAGGUUUACAGAAAAGAAUUCAAGAAUUAGAAACUGAAAACACAGAACUGAAAAAUAAAGUUCAAGAUCUGGAAAACCAGUUAAGAAUAACACAAGUACAUGCAUCUCCACUGCUGCACAUAAAGUGUGAUAAUGAUGAACAUAUGUUUCAAAGACCCUCUACUUUUUUCUGGUGUAACAAUGAGGAUUCACCUCCUUGUUUAGAUAUCUCUUCCAUUACGCUUACUCCUAGGAGUUCUCCUGACUCUAGACUAUCAUCUGGAUUGUUAAUACCACCACCUUCAAAAAGUGGUCUUCCAAAGCCAACCAGUGAAUACAGCUGCCCAAGACCUCGUGCAGGCAGUGUGACACCUAAAUCACCCUCUACUGACAUCUUUGAUAUGGUUCCCUUUUCUCCCAUAUCCCCUCAGUCAUCAACACCUACUCGCAAUGGUACACAGCCUCCUCCAGUACCCAGUAGAUCUACAGAGAUCAAGAGAGACCUUUUUGGAGCAGAACCUUUUGACCCUUUUAGCUGUGGAGCAGGAGAUUUCCCUCCAGACAUUCAGUCCAAACUAGAUGAGAUGCAGGAGGGGUUCAAAAUGGGAUUAACUCUUGAAGGCACAGUAUUUUGUCUUGACCCACUAGACAGCAGGUGCUGAUGCCAAGGAACUAAUUGUGAAAUUCCUACACAGUGGUUUGUUUUUUUUAAUUCUGAAUACGUAUUCACAGAUACUAUCCAUGUGCCAAAAAUUGCUUUUUUCAACAUGUAAACUCUUGUGAGGUUUUGCUUCUGUAAAAAUCCAAUUUAGUUCCAGUCUUUCCCUGUACAAAUGUAAAAAGUUGUAUUUGUUUAUGAAAUAUGAAUUAAAUUACGCUGUUGUGUUUCUUUCUCUCACACUUUGGCCCAAGUUUACCACGUUUUAUGACUAUUAGCCUGAGAAGUUCUUCAGAAAGCUCACACAUACCUCUUUUUGUUUGCAGACGUGCAAGCAUGAUUUUUAGAUAAUACUUCACUUGGCAGCAUUUUGAAAUUAAGGUCUUAAGCCAUUAUUUAAUAUUCAAGCAGUAAAAUGAUUAAUAUCUAGUACAAAAAGUUUAAAUUGCAGUGAAAAAGCAGAAAAUACUAACCAUUAAUACGUACUUAAAAGGUAAAUCUGGAUACCAUGUAAUUGAUUUCUAUUACUGUGUAUGAUUACUAUGCUGUAUAUAGGUUGUUAUUAGUUUAUAAAAUUACGUCCUUAAUUCAUGUUCUGGAAACUAACAAAUUCUUAGUAUGCUAAUUAGUGUUUAAUGAACGUAGAAGAACUGCUAAAUUGCAGAAUGGACAAAGUAACUGCCCUUUGUUUUGGUAUUUUAUAGCUGAACUGUAAAGUAUAUAAUUUGGAAUUCAUUACAUGAUAACCAUAACUUAAAAAGAAGAUUAUGGUGUUGCAUUUACUUAGGAAUUUACGUAAUAUUGUGUAUAAGCAGGCACUCUGUGUUUACUGUAAGUUACUUUCAACACCUGAGUGUUUAAGUCAGGCUUUGUUGAGUAUUUUUUUCACUGUCUGCUUCAAUGUUGUAUGUCUUACUAUAAUUUUGAAGCUUGCUGCAAGAAUUCAAUAUAAGUUAGUAAGUCCUUCAUACCUACUGGUUGUUCAUGUUACAGAAAUAACGACACACCAAAAUUUUCAGCUGCUAGUGAGUUGAACGCUGACUUGUCUAUGCAUAUUCUUCAUUAAUCUUUAGCAUAAGCAAUAAAAUACCAUCUUAAACCUAUCUCAGAAAAUUAUUAUCAUUAGUGUUUUGAUGCCCUAACUCCACAUUAGUUCAAUUCAAAAACUUUAAAAACUCUCAUAUUUUACCCUCAAAACAUACAGAUGUGGAAAAAACCAAAAUUUCAGAAUUUUUUUUAAUGUAUUGUCUUUCCUUUUUCAUGAGAGGUUUUUUGUGAUACUUAUGGUUUUGUCCUUAGUGGUUAGAGUUUACACCAAAAAUGCAUUUUGCAAAUUUGUCAUCACAUGUAUAUCUUUAUGCCUUGUUCAACAAAGUACUUCUGCAUAUACCUUUGAAGUCCACUGAAAUGAAUGGGAUUAUUCCUCUGCAGAGUUUGACGUAUGCUCAGGUACCUUGCUGCAUGGGGGCCUUAAUGUCCUACGUUACAUUAGUCUUCCUCUCUCUUGGUUCAACAUUCAUGUAGAGUAUUAUAUAUAAAUAUAUAUAUUAAAAUAUAUAAAAUCACUAACAAAUAGAGUAGUAUAUGUUUCAUAAAGAAAAGUCUUUAUAAUUUUGUUUGUCAUAUAGUAUUUUGGAAUUUGUAUAAUGAGGAUGUUUAGUAGCCAUAGCAAUGGCCUUUUUUAACAAAUAGAAUUUGUAUUUUUAUUGUACUUUAAAAAGCUUUACAUAAUAAGCAUCUAUUUAGUGGUCAUUUAUUAUCAAUGGUAACACUAAGAUAAUAUUUGCACAUUUUAAGAAACCUUUUUCGUUACUGAUUUUUAUGAUAGUUGACUGCAAAUGGCAUGGUUAAAUAUUACAUACCUAGUCAACCCAUACAAAAAUACUUAAAUCAACACAACGGUGCAUUUUUAAUGAAAAGGUUAUGUGAUCCAGUUGGAAACUGUAUUUCUAUGUAAUCUCAAAUGUCUGUUUAAUUUUGCCUAAAAUAAAUGUUUUUAAA